AUCUGCAGACCGAAAUGUACGCACACACACAUGCUAAUGUGACAAUUAAUUAAUCAUAGCAGAUGGUAUAAACACACAUUAGCUCACUGUCUUACACAGAGACCUUGAGGGUUUCACAUUUGUAUUCACUUUACACACAUAGAGAGGAACAGCAGGUGGGCACACAUACUGUAAUUAUUUGCAAGUGAUCACAUGUCGCCACUGCUCAUAUCAGGUUAAUUAUACAAACAUUAUAUCAUAGUCACGGACAAAAGCACUUCUUAAAACAGUAUUGAUCCACAAACAUAUCACAUGACGUUCACAUGAACAUUUAAGACAAAAGACAAAAACUACUUUUUUUUGAACAGAUAAAAACACCUCUAUACUAGCAAAGUUUUGGGGGGCUGUAUACAGUGACAGUUCCAGCCCAUUUAAACCACUGGGGCCUGACUGGGGCCAGUUAAACCAACUCUGAGGCAGAGUGGUUCAGAAGCUAAAUCAGGCUGGUCAUUUAAUCGAAGGCACAAUAAUUACCAAGUUAACAACUUCCAGUUUGUAGUACUGUUCCACUGUGGCGUAACACAAAAAUCCACACAAAAUUCAGUUAGCAGCAACAACAGAUUUAUGUUCACAUCCAAAUGCACAUGAUAUAAAUAUGUGAUUUUUACAAUCCUAUCCCAUGAAUUUAUAUAGCACACAAAAAUACAUAAUUAUGAUACUACAAAGCUUAUACUCGGAUAUUAAUAGAAAUCAGGACUGAAUAUUUCAAAAAGUGAACAUUUUAAACAUUUACAGUUCCUAAAGUUUAUGCUAAUGAAAAAAAGAAAGUGUCAGUGCAUGCAUCAAAUACAUGACUCACACUCUUAUCUGUGCAUGACAUCCAGAACUUAACCUAUAAGGCCUUCACUAUUAAAGUUAAUUGAAUCUCUGUGCAGCUUAAAAGUAUGCCAGCAAAAUGUUUAAAUGUUGCAGCGGACGUUUCUUUUAAUGUGUAAUAUAUCCAUAAUAAAGCGGGACCCAGUGAGCCUCACACCGCUCCAGUGGCUUCUUUCCUUUACUUGUUCAUGCACAUUUUAUAACUUUCUCCUUUUAUUUUACUCACAACUGAUAAUCUAUGCAGGGUUUUCCUCUCAGUAGCACAGUACGAAUACAGUCUACCUCACACACACACACACACACACACACACACACACAGACUAACGCGCUCUCUCUGUGUAGUAUAAAUUAAGCCAGGUUGCUAUCUUAACUGGGUCACCUCAGUUUUCCCAUGGAGCGGUUUAACAUGUUAUGUAAUGGCUUAUAAAUAUAGCCAAUCAGUGUUGAGUAUACCGGCAGGCUGCGCUGCCAUCUGAAGAAAAUGAAAACUGUGUCAGCUCUGUCUUUAACGCUUGCAAUUUAAGAUGUAUUUGAAUAGAUUAAUUUUAGGUAAAUUAGUUUUAUACAGUAGAUGCUGGAAGAGUUUGACUUUCUCUUACACACAUUUACUUCACGGUGUUCUCUUAAGCUGCCCCUGCACACACAGACAUCAGAUUUCCACUUCCGGCUUGCAUCAUACAAUAAUCUUGUCACAACGUUCAUGGUCAGUUGUAACUUUACAACCCUCCUUGUGCAGCCGCUAAUCAUGUUUAGUAUUCACGGUUGGCUGUCACACGCUGACAGGCCUUGUGCUGAGAAUCUGAGUCGAGAAAAUGUUUUCAUCUCAACAAAUCAAAGUGUAAACAGUGCUGGAGGAUUCAUGACACUGUAUAAUGAUGUGUUCUAUGUGUGAGAGUGAUAAGCUCAUCCAGUUGUGAAGAUUUGAUGAAAGAGUGCACGGUUAUCUCUUUGAUGGGAACAUUUCCAUUUCAACCAACACACCCCAUCACCACCAAACUUCUCCACAUGUUCUGUCAGUCUUUUGUGGACUCUUGCGCCGAUAGUUAGUCUGCACAGUGUUGGUGUCAAGUCCAGACAUAGAACCCUCAACUAAGUCAGAGAAAAUGUGAGUCCAGAAAUAAGUUAAUAUCUAAAAUAAAACAAUUAAUUGUUUAUCAUUUAAACUAAAGCAGAACAUUUUAACAUGAUAAAGACACUUUAAAAUCACUUGAGUUUGUCUCUUUUUUUUAAUUUCAACCAGUUUCAAUCAAAUCAUAAACAGCUUUUUAAAGGUAUUUAGGGAUAAUGCUUAGAUUAUUAGUAUAUUAACUGAUUAGUUGUUUGACAGGAAAUGAAUCACCAACAAAUUUCCUCAUUAAUUAAUGUUUCAGUGUUUUAUAAAGCAAAACAAAACAUCCUUUGCUUUUAGCUUCUCAAAUGUGAGGAUUUAAUUUUUUCCUGUUUUAUAUCAAUGUAAAUUAAAUAUCUUUAGGUUUUAGAUUGUUGGUUUGACAACAUGCAGUCUGAAGGUGUCACCUCAGACUCUGGGAAGUUGUGAUGGGCAUUUUUCACAAUUUUCUGACACUGUACUCUCAAUUAGGAUUUCACAUAAUAAGCAUAUCAGAUUAUAAAAUAAAAUGCACAGUUCUAGAUUGGUCUACCCAAUAACAAAUUAGAAUUGGCUCCACCUACACCACUUUUGGUGAUGGGCAUUUUUCAUUCUUUUCUGACAUUUCUACAAGGAACAAUUAAUCAAAUAAAAUGAUUUAGACCCAAAUAAUGUGGUGCAAACUUGUGGCUGUGUGAGCCUGAGUGACUGUACCCACCACUGGGUAGGUUGGUAACCCAUUUUGCACUAUGACUGUGAGUUUGCUUGAAGUCUUGCUCUUUAUAAUUAUUUCACAAAAUACAUUAACAGUAGGCUACAUACACAGCUGCUAAACCCCACCUUUGGUUUUUCCCUCUCCAUCUGUCAGUCAAGCCUUAAUCCCGCCCUCUCCCUGUCCGCAUGUCAAUCAAACUUCAACUCCGCCCCUUCACUGCCUGCUUGCACGUCGCGCAAAAAAACAGCAGCGACGGCCGUUGGGGGAAGAGAGUAAAUAGAGAGAGAAGCCUCAAGAUGGCUGACUCGCUGGGCAACGUUCACCUCACCGGAGCUGCGGCUACUGCGGUAGCCCCCGCGGUCGCCUCCGCCAAAAGCCCGCUCGUCAAGCCGACCGAGUCAAAGGGAGCCCCUGACAACCGCUCUCAGUCUUCCCGGGAUUUCAACCCGCCGCCGCCCAAGAAGGUCCGAGUCGAGGAGAGGAGCGUUAAACCCAAAAAACUCAGCAGGGAAACAGGAGUGGGAGGCAACGGUAGCGGCAAAGAGAAACUCCAGCAGCCCACGAAGCAGCAGAGUUAUGGCAGCAGCGCGGGUUUGUGGAGCUUCAGUCCGGUCAAGACGAGCAGCAACAACCCUCCGGUGCCUGCUACCGGUGGAUCUCAACCACCGACAAACACACACAAAGUCUUCAAACAGAGCGAUUUCUUUCUCCACAAAGCGCCUUCCACCUCCAAACCCAAGAAACCGAGUAAAGAUAAACAGCAGGAGAAAGAGAGGGAGAAGGGGAAAGGAGGCGGAGAGGAGAAAAAGAAACAUAAACUGAUGUUGACCUCCGGACCUGGGAGCAACGUUAGUAACAACAACGAUAUCAGCAGAUUUAAUUACAUUUCUGCAGUGAAGAGAGAAAAUGGGGAGGUCAUGUUGCCACCCAAAGAGCACUCCAACAAGGACAAGGCGAAGGAGAGAGACAGAGAGGAGAGGGAAAAGAAGAAGGUCAAAGACAGAGAGAAGGAGAAGGAGAAGAAGAAGCACAAAGUGAUGAACGAGAUCAAGAGGGAGAAUGGAGAAGUCAAGCAGCCAAUUAAAGAUGAAAAAGAGAAAGCCAAGAUUAACUCAGAGGAGUUGCAAAUUAAAAAAGUGAAGAAGAAAAAGAAGAAGAAACACAAAGAGGGGGAGAAACACAAACGAGUGAAGAUGUACCACCGCUCCUGCCAGACCAUUUGUGCUGGUCUACUUCUUCUCCCUUCUUCCUCUUCAUCUCCCACCUCCUCUUCCUCAACCACCGAUCCCACACACAACUCCUCUAUGUCUCCGUUCAAGUCCCCGCUACCGGUUUACCCUUCACCUAACAACAAAACCUCACUUCUCCUGCCCUCCUCUCCUCCUCUUGCCUCAAAAUCCCUCUUUAACUCUUCUCUUCACGACACUCCCAACUCUCCGUCGUCCUCCAUCACUACACCACUCCCUUCAACAGCCAAACAACAGCCGCAGUGCACCUAUCCCGGCAUGGCAGGUCUGGAGUUUGCCCCAUACAUCCACAUAGAGCACCAGCCUAAUGGAGGGGCGCUGGUGGCCCACGCCUACACCUCACAGCUCUCCUCUCUUUCAAUGGGCCAGAGGCAGAGAUUUGCCCAGGAGUUUGUCACCUUGGCGUUCAGCGAGGACUCAUCCCAGGCAGCUCAUUAUGUCAUGGGGAUCAUCCAUGGAGAAGCCAGCUACCUGCCUGAUUUCUUGGACUACUUCUCAACCAAGUUCCCAUCAGCUCCAGUCAAAAUGGAAAUACUGGGAAAGAAGGACAUAGAAACCACCACUAUGGCUAAUUUCUACACUCAGGUGAAGAAGACAUACAGUCACGGCACAUACAGAGCCGGGGCAAUGAGACAAAUCAGCCUGGUAGGAGCUGUGGACGAGGAGGUCGGGAAUUAUUUCCCAGAGUUCCUCAGCAUGCUGGAGGAGUCGCCCUUCCUGAAGAGGACUCUUCCAUGGGGAACGUUCUCCAGUCUGAGGCUGAUGAGUCCCACAGAGAGCGACGACGGUCCCAUAAUGUGGGUCAGACCAGGAGAACAGAUGAUACCUGUGGCUGAUAUACCAAAGUCCCCUUUUAAAAGAAAACGCUCCACCAACGAGGUGAAGAACCUGCUGCAGUCGCUGCCCAGGACCAGCGAGCCCAGAGAGAUGCUGUUUGAGGAUCGGACUCGGGCCCACGCUGAUCACAUCGGUCAGGGUUUCGAACGUCAGACCACGGCGGCCGUUGGGGUGCUGAAGGCCGUAUGCUCCGGAGAAGGCUCGGAGCCUCCUCGUGUAACCAAAGACGUAGUGUGUUUCCAUGCCGGUGAUUUCCCUUAUGUAGUUCAGAGGCUGCAGUUGGACUUACAUGAACCCCCGCUGUCUCAGUGUGUGCAGUGGGUGGAUGAUGCCAAACUGAACCAGCUGCGUCGCGAGGGCAUCCGUUACGCUCGCAUCCGCCUUUCCGACGAGGACAUCUACUUCAUCCCCCGCAACGUGGUCCACCAGUUCAAGACUGUAUCUGCCGUCUGCAGCCUGGCAUGGCACGUCCGCUUAAGGCAGUACCACCAAGGAGAGGCAGACGAGGAGGAGGAUGAAGAGGAGGAGGAGGAGGAGGAAGGAGAUGUGAAGGAAGAGCAGGAGGAGAAGAUCGUUGAGUCGAAGGAGAAGGAGACAGAAACCACAGAGUUGGGGGCAAAAGAAGAAGAGGAAGAGGAGAGGAGGAGAGAAAAGAAGGGUGAGAAAGGUGCGAAGGAGAGGAUAAAAGAGGAGAAUGAGGAUGCAGAUGUGGCAGAAAACAGAACUUUGCCAGUUGUCAAAAAGGAGGAACGGGAUCAUCAUCGUCCUCACUCUCAUCCUCAGCAUCCACCUCUGUUGCCUCAGCCUGCUCGCUCAGUGGACUCAAACGUGGGCGGUGCCAGAGACAAAGAGGAGGAGACUGAGAGGUUAAAAGGAGGAGCAAAACUCAAACCGCAGGAUUCACCUGCUGCUAAGGUGAAGACAGAACCUCCAGCUCCUCCUCUUUGCAAAAAUAAAUCACCUUCGCCUCUCCCUCUGUCCCCUCCUGCCUCUCGCCAUCCUCUUCAUCAGGACACAAAACCCAAAGUAUCAUCAAAGCCCCAUCAUCAUCAUCAUCAUCACCACCACCACCACCACCACUCGGACAGCAGAAUGACGUCUUCCAGUACAGCGUCCUCCUCCUCCUCUUCCUCUACUUCUCAUUCAGAUCCCAAAUCACCUCGUUCUCCAUCUUUUUCUAAGUCUUCCUCCUCCUCCUCCUCCUCUGCGCCUUCAGCUGGUUCCACUGAUACUCCUCCUUUGCGCUCCUCUUUUGCUGCUCCCAGUCCGUCUUCUUCUACCUCCUCUUCCGUUCCUGGUCUGUCCACAUCUUCCUCCACAUCAGCCUCCGCUACUUCUUCCCUGAGUAGUCCCAAGCCUAAAGCGGACUCGCAUCUCUCCACACUCCCUCCUUCCACCAUCUCGUCGUCUUACCAGCCGCCUCCCUCCUCUCAGUCAGACCAAGCGAAGGACAGAAACUCACUGCGUCCGAAGCCAGACGCUGAUUCAGACACACGGACACAAGUGCAGUCAGAGGUUCGAGCAUCACAGGGCUCACCUGCUGUGGGUGUACACACACACACCUCCCAAGCUGACGCACGGACACACACAGUAGCUGACACACGGACACAAAUGCUCCCAGAGAAAUGGACUCACAGUUCGGACUCCAGGACGUCGGCGGAUCCACAGAUACGUUCGCCACAGGACUCCGGGAGGCAAGGGAUUUACAUGCAGCAAUACACACCGCAGCAUCUCCCACCUCCUCCUCCUCACCUCCCUCAGAUGCUUCCCCCUUCCUACUCCCCUCUCCUGCCACACUCCCACCUCCCUCAUAGACCUCCAAUCCUCCCCCCAAAUCAGCUGUCCAAUCCCUCCCUCCCUGCACAGCCACAGACUCUUAACUCUUUCCUGAGUCAGAAACCACCUCCCCAUUCGGUUCACAUGAGCCAGCUUCACCUGCAUCCUCCACACCAACCAAACAUCACCACCCAGUCUCAACCGUAUUACCAGCCUCCCCUGAUCCCCUCCCCGCCUCAUCCAAACACUCCUCUCACCAGCUCGCAGUCUCUUCCUCCUCACCUUUCUCACCAUCACCAGUUCGCCAAGACCUUCUACCCUCCUCAGCACCCCCACUUCCCCUCUCACCCCUUCCUCCCCCCUCAGUCUUUCCUCUCUCAGCCACCAGGUUCUUACCCGCUACAACCGCAAUACCAAACCUCAGCACCAGCGCAGGUUCAGCUCUCUCUGUCACAGCCUUUCCCCCAUCCCCCUCCUCCUCCUUCCUCCUCGCAGACCCUGCCUCCCCUUCCUCCUCCUCUUCCCCCUCCUCUCCCCCCUCAGCCUUGCCCCUCUGUCCUCUCCCCGCCCCCAAAGCAUGAAGAGGAGCAGAGACAGAUUUUAUAGUAGUUUUUGUACAUAAUGAUGCUGUUUUUAAAUGACUGUAUAUGUACAAGGUUUUAUUUUGGUUGUGCUGUUGUAAAACAAUGUAAAAAGGAAAUAACGGGGAGGACAGUGAAGUGUAUCGGUAUGGACACAGAUUCGUAGUUUAUAAAGCAGAGUUGGACUUUAUUUACCCCACACCUCUUGACUGGACUGGUUUAGACUGUCCUGAUGCUUUGGUUGUGCUCUGGUUCAGAAAUAUUAAGCAGUUGUUGCAUGUACUGGUAGUUUUGGCCUUUAGUGAAGUAUGGGCGCGCCAAAAUCUGACACUGAAGAAGAGAUUUUCCAGGUUCAAGUCUGCCAAACUGCUGUCGUUCUUUUGAAGUGAGCAUAGCCCUUUUGAAUAUCAGAAUAUCUGAGAGCCGUCAGAGGUAGGAAGUGUCAGAUUUGUGACAGAUAUUUAUAUAAAAAAAGGUCAUGAUGACGACCUUUUUGUGAAACUUGCAGCUAAUGCUUCCAGUUUGUGGCUUUUUUUCUAGUAUAUUCUUUGUGCCCAAGACUGUUUCUGGAAUAAUGAUGGGUCAAACUGAUAUUAUACAAUACACAAAUGUAUUGAUGUGAUAUCACUACAUUUCCUUAACUAUAUUGUAUUGAUACAUCUUAAUCAAUACAGUAUAUUGCAGUAAUUUUCCCUAAUAUUGUAUUUUGAGCAAUAAUGCUCCGCAAUAAGCUGCUGAAUAUAAACCUGCAUUUCCCAGUUAUUGAUGUGGUGACAAGUAUCAGUAUUUUUAUUCAAAUUUCAAAGCGAUUGAUACACAGCCAGUAAUGUCCUGUUGAAUCAUGUUCAUUGAGUCAGCCUCCGUGAGGAGUGAUUAAAUGUAAUUAACAGGUAUCUUAAAUGAUUCUUCUAAUCAGUUGCAGUGUCUUAUUGCCCAAGAAGAAUAUUAGUGCAAUUAAAUGAAAAUAAUGCCCCGUAUAAAAUAGGACUGAGUAGGGUAAGCUACAGGCUACAGCCAGUAGCACUGUAGACAAUUACAUCAUAAGAAGAGUUGCAAUUUAAAGUAUUGAAAUUAUCUUGUACCCGUAGCCCUCAACACCAGUGGCAGAGCUCUCAGUGUAAUUUCGCUGUGUUUUUCAGUGUCUGUUGGAUGUCUACCAGGGUCUCCUAAUUUUGGAAACUGAGCACUUGCUGGUCAGCCAGGGAAGAAUUCAACCCAGCCAAGGCUGUUACACAGAAAGGCCUUGAGAGUCUCAGGAAAAACUAUUCAGGACACAUCCACGAAUACAUUGGUCUCCUGAGGAAAAAAAAACCUCAAAAUCUUAAUCACUGGCUAAAACCUGAUCCACUGAUUUUACUGGAGCUCUAAGAAAUCUUUCAGGGUCAUUGAAAUAUUGUUCAAUCUGCAGCAUUAUAUUAGCACCUAUGCAGCUACAUCAAGAGCUUGCCAUGAGGUAGAGCAAUAUCAUACAGAUUCAGUAUGUGAAGACUUCCCAAAUGUGACUCAGUAUGGCACUUUGUAACACAAAUACAUCAGCUGCAGUUUAACUACAGUUGAUAUUAUCGAAAACACAUUGGGUCAUGUCAGCUUAUCAACAAUUUCAGGUUCUUCCAGGAUUAUUGUUUUAAUACAUUCAGGCCUCAGCAAUUCUAUGAUAUAACUUUUUAUUCUGUGUGGACACUUUGAAAACAGAUGGUACACUGUUGAGAGUUUCAUUCUCAAAGCACUGUUUAUCUAUUUACCUGAAGUCCAGUUUCUCUACAGUGUGGAGUAUCCUGUCUAUAAAAAUGUUUUAUUUAUCAACCAGGGACUGAAGUGAACUCCUGUGUUUAAAACUACAAUAAAUUAUUGAAAUUGUUUUAGCAACAGCUAUGAAGACUGUAUGUUUUUUCCAAGUAUCUGAUUUUAGGAUCAAACUCUUCUGUCUCAGUGCUCAUCCCACAGUUGUGGAACUUUUGUUGUUGAGAGAAACUUGAUUUUUUCCUUUUUUUUUUUUUUGUUAUUGAUGUCUUGAUUUGACUUUAUCGCUAUUGGAGUACAGCCCAUCUGCUAAUGUAGCCCACAUCAUUUCCCCAGUGCCUGUCCUUAACUGUGAACUACUAAAUGGUCCAGAGCCAUAUAGAGAAGGAGUUCUGCACUUUCGUGGAAAUUUUUAGGAGUCCAAGUUUUAAGUUUUCACUGGAAAAUGAAAAUGAAGCCUUAAAUUGGUCCCUAAAGCCGCUGAAAACUCUCCAAAUAUCUGCGGUUUAAGUUGGGAUGGUUCAGUGGAAUGAUAUCCUGAAAGCAGGGUUGUGUUUUUCAUGAUUAGUCUGACCACAAGCCGUAGCUUCAGCUCUCUUGGUCAGUUUGCCUCAUAGGACUGAAUUUCAGAGACAGAACUCUUCACUGUGUGGCUCUGGAGAGAGCUAGGUGAUUAAGCACUUGAUGCCAGUUGCACGGCGCUCUGCAGCUCUUUUUAUGCUUUGGGGUUUCAGAUGUUACAAAAACAUGACAGGAACUUAUAUAUUUUUUGUACAAAUGUGACAAAAAUUAAGGUUGAAAACAAAAAAAAGUCUUCAGGGGCUAGUGUUGUUUUCACAGAAUUUAUUUAUCUCAAGGUUUUGGUUUGGUCUUUUUUUCUAUUUUGUUUCUGUGAUUUUUAACUGUCAGCACUGUAGUGUACAUAAGAAGUUUUGUAAAGAGGAAAAAACUUGUAGUGUGGUUUCUACUUUAAAUAUGAGCCGAGCUAAUAAAAGGUUCAAUGUAUGAAACUAUUGGGGUAAGAAUUGAUGCUUAUUGCUCUGGUUAAGAGCAUCUAUGUUUAAAAAUGUGUACUUUCAAGAAUUGAAUUGUUCAUGUAUUCUUGAAAAUUAGACAUUUACAAUGACAUUAAAUAACGAGUCAUUUUA